GCUUUGUUCUCACAAUCAAAAUAUUUACAGAUAUGAAUGCCAUCGACCCUAUUUGCAGUUGGAGAGCUUUAUAUGGAGAACAAGGUCAAUACCUGUUAUCUGUCAAGCCUGAUACUCCUGAGAACAAUGCAUCUACAGUCACCUGUACCUUGAGUGUGGAGAAAAACCCUGUCAAUGGUUACAUCCCUUUGCUGAUUGCUUUCGCCGUCUUGAUCGCUGGGACCCUUCUCUACUGUCUAUUAUCCUACAUAUUCAAUCUCCACAGUGUACAGGAAUACUGCCGUUGUCUUCGACGUAAAUCUGUUUCCUUUGAACCAAAUCUUACAGAGGCCCCAAGACCAGUGUCUGAGAAGCCCAGACGACGAAGACUGCUUUCCCUGGACACUUUCCGAGGAUUUUCUCUUACCAUAAUGGUUUUCCUCAACUGUGGAGGCGGUGGUUACUGGAUCUUUGAGCAUGCUUCAUGGAACGGAUUGACAGUUGCAGAUCUGGUCAUGCCAUGGUUUGUUUUCAUCCUGGGGACAUCUGUAGCACUGGCUUUCCAUGCAAUGAUGAAAAGAGGAGUGAGGCCCAUCCAACUCUUGCGUAAAUUGACUUGGAGGACAGUGAUCUUGCUACUGAUAGGGUUUUGCUUCCUUAACUAUGGUCCUGCAGAUGGUCCAUUAUCCUGGAGCUGGGCAAGGAUUCCAGGUGUCCUGCAACGUCUUGGCAUUACUUACUGCAUUUUGGCUUUGAUGCAGACCUGCUUUAGCAUCAAAGAUUUUGACCAACAUCAGUUUGGUAACUGGUGGGCUUCAGUGAAAGACAUCAUUCUCUACUGGCCAGAGUGGAUAAUUGUGGUGAUCUUGGAGGUUCUGUGGCUGUGCCUGACAUUCUUCCUGCCUGUGCCUGGAUGCCCCAGAGGCUACCUGGGCCCUGGGGGAAUAGGAGAUGAUGGAAAAUACCCCAACUGUACUGGCGGGGCAGCUGGGUACAUUGAUAAGUUGCUGCUUGGAGAAGGCCACAUGUACCAAUACCCCACAUGUAAGGAGAUAUACAAAACCACUCAGCCGUUUGAUCCUGAAGGCGUUUUGGGUACCAUUAACUCCAUUCUGAUGGCUUUUUUUGGACUUCAGGCCGGGAAGAUUAUCCUAAUGUACCGCCAGGAGCCAUUGAGCAUUUUAAAGAGAUUUCUCAUCUGGGCUAUUUUGCUGGGGAUUAUCUCUGCCAUCUUAACCAAAUGUACACAAAAUGAAGGAUUCAUUCCCAUUAAUAAAAAUCUCUGGUCUUUGUCUUUUGUCACUACACUGAGCUGCUUUUCAUUUGUCCUGCUGGGAAUUAUGUUCUAUGUUAUUGAUGUGAAGAACUGGUGGGGAGGCCAGCCUUUCAUUUUCCCAGGAAUGAAUUCAAUCCUCAUCUACACUGCAAGCUCCCUCCUGGGAAGUUAUUUCCCUUUCAGUUGGGAAAUGAAGUUUCCAACCUCCCACAUGGAGCCCCUUUUCCAGGAUUUGCUGGCCACUUCACUCUGGGUAUUAAUUGCCUAUUGGCUCUAUAAGAAGAAGUUCUUUUUGAAAAUAUGACUGUAUGGGAUGCAGGAAUGUGAUUUUUCCCUCUGCUCUUGUAAUAUGAUUGCAAUCGUUGACAAAACUCGAGGCCCACGCUAGACUUUACAACUUAUAUGGAGCCAUUACUGUAUUGUAUGUCUUCUUUCUCUUCUCUUGUUAUGUAUAACCCAAACAAGGUGUGAUGAAACAGAUUCAAUGGCAUGUGUAUCCUUCCUUCACAGGGAUAUGAAAUAGACAAGGAGAUGUAAAUCACAAUGGCAUCUCAUGGCAUUUUGCUUUAGAUGGCAUGUGACAGAGUAAGACAGAAAAUGUAUGGAUUAGCAGCAGUAGUCUUGUAUUUCUUAUAAGAAAUAGUUUGGUCUCUCCUACCUCAGCACCCAUAAGCAAGCUAGGGAAUCAUGUAUGCUAUCCAAACAGUUUGACACAAACACACCCUUGAAUUGAUCCAGAAGUCAUUUUGCACAGAUGAGAUCUUACAUUGGAACUAGUGCCAAAUAUCAGUUGAAUAGGAAAAGCUUUGUAAACCUCUGUCAUGAAUAGAAUUAUUAUGGGCCC